AUGUCUUCAAAAAAGCACCUAGACCUGGACCCAUUGCCUGAAAAACCACGCAUAAGCAUCUUAUGCCUGGACAUCACAAAUUUCAGCCAAACAACCCAAUUCACUCUAUGUAGUAUAGCAGUAUUUGUCUUCUAUUUACUCUACGGCUACAUGCAAGAACUUAUAUUCACUAUAAAAGAUUUCAAACCUUACGGCUGGUAUUUGACUUUAGUGCAGUUUGGUUACUAUACAAUUUUCGGUUUGAUUGAAACCAACAUCAGAGGAAUACAUAAAAGAAAGAUCCCAAUAAAAACCUAUUUUCUUUUGGCUCUGUUGACUUUAGGCACUAUGGGCCUAUCAAACUCCUCUUUAGGCUACCUGAAUUAUCCUACACAAGUGAUUUUCAAAUGCUGCAAACUAAUUCCUGUUUUGAUUGGAGGGAUUUUGAUACAAGGAAAACGGUAUGGGCCUUUGGAUUUUUUAUCAGCACUGUUAAUGUGUGUAGGACUAACAUUGUUUACUUUGGCUGAUUCGCAAGUUCAACCAAAUUUUAAUACUAGAGGUAUUUUAAUGAUUUCUAUGGCAUUGCUUUGUGAUGCCAUCAUAGGAAAUGUGCAAGAGAAAAACAUGAAAAACUAUGGAGCGUCAAACGCAGAAGUGGUGCUUUAUUCAUACGCUUUAGGAUUUUUGUAUAUUUUUACAGUUAUGUUGCUUACGGGAGAUUUCUUGGCCGGAGUUGAGUUUUUUGGACAACAACCUUAUGUAACGUAUGGGUAUGCUUUUAUUUUUUCUGUUACUGGAUAUUUGGGGAUUCAAGUGGUACUUACCUUGGUUAGAACGACUGGAGCUUUUGCUGCUGUUACAGUCACAACGAUGCGUAAGGCUGUGACUAUAGUGAUUUCUUUUGUAUUUUUUAGUAAACCUUUUACAAUACAGUAUUUAUGGUCAGGAGUUAUAGUAAUAAUAGGCAUUUAUUUGAAUUUGUACAGUAAAAAACAUCCUAUUGGAAUCAAAGACUUGGAAGAGUGCUGUGAUAGAAUGUUAAGGAAAUUGAGGACAAAGUUUAUAGCUCAACAGUAUAAUAGUGGUCAAUAUUUGGCAAAUGUUUAA